UCGUGAUCGCGUUGUCUUCUCUAUUUCUUUCCGCAUCGUGAUUAUUCGUGAAUCGUGAUCGAAUAUCGAUUUCACAACACAAAACUUUGUGUUUGUUAUAAAAUGCUAAAUUUUAUAUCGAAAAAUAAUCUAAAUAGUUAAAUUAAACUUUAUGAUAAAUUCACAUUCAGUAAUGUACUAAAUGCAAUGUGUAAUUCUUUACAUACAUCGCGAGUGAGUCAGCGAGGAAUAUAUUUAUAAACAAUGGAACGUUUCUGGCCGUUACUGGUUACGGUGAUUUUCUUUUCUAUUAAUUAUGCCGCUCCAGACCGUGGCGACUACAUUGGUUGCUACAAGUUUAAAGAAGACGUGCUGAAUACUCACACCGGACAGUCUGUGGAGGUUUGUUUAUCUGCUUGUGAACAGGUGUAUUAUAAAUAUGCUCUGAUAGGCAACGAGUCUACCUGCUUCUGCGGGAACGACCCCGGGAUUAAGGUCGGCUUAGACUCUUGUGACACGCCUUGCCCGAAGAACGAGACGCAGAAGUGUGGCGGAGACGGAGUCGCCAGCGUGUACGACACCGAGGUGACCGCGCCCGGCCCGCCCAUGUCCGUAGAAGUGCUGAACGUCACCGAGACGACCGCGAGACUGCGCUGGACGCCGCCGCAAGCGUUCACACGCAUCACCGGGUACGUCAUCAAGGCUUCAGUCCUAGAAACUUAUGCCACUGCAGCUUUACUGCCGGUCUCAUGGGUCGUGACCAACACCACACUCACAUCCGAGCUGCCGAACCUCCAUCCAGGCUCCAAAUACAACAUAAGCGUGGCUGCCACAAAUUAUAAAGAAGAAGGAGCUAUCAUCGGAACUAUUGUCGAGACAGUCAUCGGCACACCAGACCCUACACCACCCAGUAUUGAAAUGAAAGAGAGGCACGGCGACGAGAUGCUCGUGCAUAUUCCUGAAGCACAAAAUGUAAACGGCCCUGUGUCUAUGUACAGAAUAGUAGUUUCUGUGGAGCUCUACCAGCAAGGCAUUAUAAUAGAGAACCUCGGCGAUCACGCUUAUGCUGAAGAACAAGGUCUACCUUACUAUAUCACUGCAGAGUUGGACCCUGAGGAAAUCAAAAAUGACUUUAUCAUUGGAAACAGAAGAACUUACAAUGGAUAUUACAACGCCCCGCUGCCUCUGACCAAUGAUAUAGAGGUUUCACUCGGGAUUGUUAGUGAAAAAAAUCAUGUAAGGAAAAUCAGGUACGCUGAGUCUACAAAGAAGAUAAUUCUGAACAUAAAUGAGGUGGAAGAGUACUCACCCAUGGUGGUGGCGCUGGGUGCAGGCAUUGCUAUAGGAGUGGUGUUACUCCUGAUUGGCAUUGGUCUGCUCAUAAUCUUGCGCAAGCGAGCUCACUUGGUGAGACUUCAGAGAGGCUCACAAUCUAUACCUCUGAGCCUCAGUGAGCCAUGUAUGGAAAUUGAGAACUCAGGCUUCCUCCAAGACGAAUAUGACAGAGUAGACUACUAUGGAAAUCUUAAACGUAAACUGUGGAAUAUUCCUAGGGACUUGAUAGAGAUAGAUAUUUCAUGUGUAGUUGGUUUGGGACACUAUGGAAAGUUCACCAGAGGCAAGGUUAGACAACACGGCGGACAAACACCUGGUCUAGUCCAGGUAAUAUGCGACAGAGAACUUGAGAGACCUGAUAAAAGAGUGAUGCUCCAAGAACUGGAUUUACUUAUUAAAGCCAAUGAGCAUAAAAAUGUCAUAUUGUUAAUAGGUAUUUGUGAAACUAAUACUACUCUAUUUGUAGUUUUGCAAGACACAAAUAUGACACUUAAAGAAUUAUUACUGCAAAGUAGACACCGGGACCUUCAGAACAAUAAGUUUUGCCUCAUGAAUGAAAACAAAGUUGUGCGAGUCUGUGUGGAUGUGGCGUGUGGUAUGGAGUAUUUGCACAGCAAAAAAAUUGUACACAAAAGGUUGAGUUGCAGAAAUGUGGUUAUCAGUGACAAUGGUGUGGCGAAGGUGUCAGGAUUUGGUCUGUCUCACAUCAGGCCUCUGCAUGAAACUCCUGAUUACCUCCGAUGGACUUCUCAUGAGAUGUUAAGACAGAAUAGGUUUAAUCCUAAAGCAGAUGUCUGGUCUUAUGGUAUCUUUAUGUGGGAAGUGUUAACUAUAGGAGCUACCCCAUACCCUCAUACGGCUAAUAAGGAAGUGGCGACCAGCGUUUUACGGGGUAUGAGGCCUUCCCAACCCUCAUAUGUGGGCGAUGGACUCUUUCAAUUAUGCUUGCAGUGUUGGCAAGUGGACCCUGACGAAAGACCCUCUUUUUCAAUCCUUUUAAAUGAACUCACAGACCUAGCUGGAGGCCCUGGAACAAGUUGUUUGAGUUUCACUCAUUACAAUGGUUUCAACUAUGAACCUUAUGUGCCACAAUAUGAAAUUGUUUCAUAAUGAUGUGUUACUAGCUCCAGGCUCCAAUGGUUGAUAGCUUGUGUAAACCACAGUUCCAAUGUAAACAUUACUUUUAGAUUCAUUCAGUAAUUUUGAGUUGAGCUCUCUAAGCCAAGUCCUUUUAAACAGAACUCAGAACAUAAGUUCUUAGAUUGCCACUAGCAGUAAUAUAGACUUGGCACAAUUUUUAAAUACAACUAACUCUUAGAGCAUAUUUUGUAGUGUAAAAAAUCACCAAUUUAUUGGUUCAUUAUACAUUAUAAUUAGUAGGCAUUAAGCAAUAAUAAUAAUCCAAAGAUUGUGAUUGUUUGAAAUUUAAGUGGUUGACUCUAGCAAUAUUAUGUUACCUUAUUAAAUUUAUUUAUAUUAACGAGCGGUGACCUGGUUUCUGCAUAAGCUAGAUGUCUUGAUAAUUCAUAUCUUGCAAAUCAGCUAUUUAUCGAAAAUGAAAGUUUUCUAAUUUGUUUUGACAAUCUUAGGGUUAAUUAAUGUUAGUGUGAAUCAUGUUGAAAUUAAUUUGUUCAUUUUGUGACUGGAACAUAUGACAACACCGAGGUUGUCUUGUGCUACCUAGAAUUGCCAGGUUUUAUACUAAUGAAACUCUACUCGUACUACUGAAAAGUAUCACUUGCUGUUACUCAAUAUUAUUUAAGAUCUAAACCUAUCAUUUCUUAUAACAAUUGAUCUGAAUUAGCUUAAGAUUAUAGAAAUUAAUUAAAUUAGACUAAGAUACAAUUGACUUCUAAGAGUACUUCCAAAAAAUAACAAAGUAGAUUAAUGCACCUACUUAUAAGAAUAUUUUUUCCAUAAUGUGUCUUAUGGAACAUGUAAUGCAUCAUCAGCGAGUAACAUAGGCAAGGGCAGUGGGAAAAUAACAUAUUUUAUCCCCGCAUUUCCACAGGUCGGGUAACUACGCGGGUUAAACCGCGGACCUUCCACUAACGUGGUAACUACAGUUCGUGCGGUGUAGCAUAGUGCGGGUGACAGUUCGUUUCACUGUUGAAAGUUUGCCGCGAUUCACGAUAAUAGCACGUAUUAGGAAUGUCAUAAGGCAACUACCACCCGCACCAUACAGCGCACAUAGUAUACCUAGUUGGAAUACUUAGGUGAAAGUGAAUUGUUGACAAACAAAAUUGAUGGUAUUAUCUUGCGACUAAGUGAAUUUACGCCAAGAUUAUGCGAUGAGUGGCGUAACUGACGAUGUAUGUGCCACAAAUGCUUAUUUUAUAUCAGUUGUUCGUAGUCCAUUAAUACGCAACUACGUAUUAAGUAUAAUAAUAUAAAAUCACAUUUUACACAAAUGUUUGUUAGCCUUCUGACAUGUUAACUACAAUUUCGCACUUAAGUUGACCUGAGCUACAGGAAAUGCCACUAGUAAUAUUUAUUUUAAACAAGUAAUGCUGGAAAGUAUUUAAAACGAAAAUCUCAGAAAUUAUCUGUAUCUACUUGUGCCUAUAAUAUAGUAUUUUUAUAGAACUAAGUGAUAACUGAAGAAAAUUGCAGCACUUAUACAGGUUUUUAAAUGCAAAUUUUAUUGCUUUGACAUGCCUUAAUAAUUUGCAUUUAACCGUAGGUAUUCAUGACAUCAGGAUUUUUUUCUGUUUUCACAAACAAUGACAUUAAUUCAUAUAAGUAAUUAUUACUUAGAAUAUUUGUUAUUAUGUAUGUAAUUAUACGCCAUAUUAAGUUCUUAUUAUGUCACCUUAACAUGGUUACCGCAGUUACGACAAAAAGCUCACACAUCUCUACCAUUUGAUUCUUGGAUUUCUGAAUAAGCGUAUGUAGGUAAUAUUUAUGUAGGUAAAGGCAAUUAACAACUAAUUAAUUGUACUUAAAGAUUUAAUGGUUCGAAUCUCUAUUAUACAGUGGCGUGCAUUUCAUAGGUACAUUAAUGCUCUGCUUACCUUGAGGACACCUUAAAAACCAGAAUUGCAGAAGGAAUUUUCCUCUUUGUAUAAUUUAUUGGUACAGUGCAUACCCUAGAUAAAACUUAUGCGCGCCACUGCUAUUAUAUGCACCAUAGUACGUAUUGUUAUUUUAAGGGGAGAGUAGAUCUAACAUUACAGCUUAUUCGAUCAUACGUUUGUCGAAACCAAAAUUAUUUACCUAAAAACAAAAAGUUAAAAGCAUUGAAUUUUAUUAGAAUUACAUAAUUUUUGAGAAACAACUUCCAAUCAAUAAGAUUUCUUAUUGAAAUAUUGUAGCAGGUAUAAUAUUUACCAGCUUAUCGCAGAAUCCCCUCGUCGGCUCCCUUAUCAAGAUAAACUUAGGAUAAGUAGACAGCUAAACAUAAGUCAUUGUAUAAGACACGCUGUAACAUCUACCAUAUUUUUUAAUUGAUGCCUUAACGAGCCAUAGAUUGGUUGUAUAUAUUAUUAUAUUUCCUGCUAUUUUACACACAGUUUAGAUUACCAUAUAUUAAGACUUAUUAAGCUUUAAUCUAACAUUUUACGUUAGCUAAAAGUAGGGAACUGAAUGUAAAAAUUAGCGUCGCUUGAUGAUUGCAGGUUGAUCGAGGUGAUAUCGAAUCAAACAUUCCAACUAGUAUAGGUACUUACUUUUUAUUUAUUUGUUACUUUCUACACCUGCAUGUUGUAAAUCCGUCCAUAGCUAUAUUUUUAUAUGAAUCUCAAUGUAAUUAUGACUUAAUAUUAUUAGCAUUUACACGACUUAUUAAUUAAAUGAUAAAAGAUUC